CGACCCGCACUCAGUUUCUCCUCAGACGCCGAGGUGGUGGGUCAUGGCACCGCGAACCCUCCUCCUGCUCCUCUCCGGGGCCCUGGCUCUGACCGAGACCUGGGCGGGCUCCCACUCCCUGAGGUAUUUCCACACCGGGGUGUCCCGGCCCGGCCGCGGGGAGCCCCGCUUCAUCGCCGUCGGCUACGUGGACGACACGCAGUUCGUGCGGUUCGACGGCGACGCCCCGAAUCCGAGGAUGGAGCCGCGGGCGCCGUGGGUGGAGCAGGAGGGGCCGGAGUACUGGGAAGAGCAGACGCGGAAAUUCAAGGACGCGGCACAGAGUUUCCGAGGGAACCUGAACACCCUGCGCGGCUACUACAACCAGAGCGAGGCCGGGUCUCACACCAUCCAGGAGAUGUACGGCUGCGACGUGGGGCCGGACGGUCGCCUCCUCCGCGGGUACAGACAUUUAGCCUACGACGGCGCCGAUUACAUCGCCCUGAACGAGGACCUGCGCUCCUGGACCGCGGCCGACGCGGCGGCUCAGAAGACCAAGCGCAAGUGUGAGGCGGCCGGUGCUGCGGAGCACUACAGGAACUACCUGGAGGGCGCCUGCGUGGAGUGGCUCCUGAGAUACCUGGAGAACGGGAAGGACACGCUGCAGCGCGCAGACCCUCCAAAGACACACGUGACCCACCACCCCAUCUCUGACCGUGAGGUCACCCUGAGGUGCUGGGCCCUGGGCUUCUACCCUAAGGAGAUCUCACUGACCUGGCAGCGUGAUGGGGAGGAUCAGACCCAGGACAUGGAGCUUGUGGAGACCAGGCCUUCAGGGGAUGGAACCUUCCAGAAGUGGGUGGCCCUGGUGGUGCCUUCUGGAGAGGAGCAGAGAUACACGUGCCAUGUGCAGCACGAGGGGCUUCAGAAGCCCCUCACCGUGAGAUGGGAACCUCCUCAGCCCACCAUCGCCAUCAUGGGCCUCAUUGUUGGCCUGGUUCUCUUGGUGGUCACUGGAGCCGUGGUGGCUGGAGCUGUGAUCUGGAGGAAGAAGCACUAAGGUGAAAAAGGAGGGAGCUACGUUCAGGCUGCAAUGUGAGACAGCAGCCUCGUGGGACUGAGUGAUGCACGGUCCCACUUUGUGGCUUCAGAUCACAUGACUCCUGUUUCUGCUGCUGCAUCUGAAUAUGUCUGUGUUCCUUGUAGCAUAAUGUGAGGAAGUGGGGAGACUGGCCCACCCCUGCCCACCACGACCCCUCCCCACCCUGACCUGUGUUCUCUUCCCUGAUCCACUUGCCUGUUCCAGCAGAGGCAGGGCUGGGCCACCUCCAUCCCUGUCUUAACUUCGUGGUGCACUGAAUAAUAAUGUCUUAACUUGCCUGUUGGAAAUAAAAUCUGUAUAUGAAUUUUGUUUUUUCUAAUUCCUGCCAUGAGGUGUUUUUGGGAUAAUAAAGGAAAGGAUUCUUAAAGUUUGAGAGAGAAAAUAAAUGGAAGCGCUGAGAACCUUCCAGAA